AUGGCUAUGAACAAGAUACCUGGCCACAAUAUCUAUGUUGGGGGGGUCCUCUCACUCAAGAACAAUGCGGCUUUGACUCGAGCAAAUAUCACGCACAUUGUUUCUGUGCUACGACUCCAGCAAGCAGAUGAACUUCUGGCGCCUUAUCAACGUCAUUGCAUAGAAGUUGACGAUGUCGAUGAUGAAAACCUGCUGGAGCAUUUUCCCGCCGCCGUCAAGUUCAUUCAGUCGGGACUGGACAGUGGCGGCGCGGUGCUUGUGCAUUGUGCAAUGGGCAAAUCCCGUUCUGCAACUGUGUGCAUUGCCUACAUGCUUCAUCAGCAGCGUAGUGCGCUGACUCCGCAAUCAGCACUUGCCAUCAUCAGGGAGAGCCGGCCUCUCUGUGAACCCAACGAUGGCUUCAUGGAACAGCUUUCGCUCUACCAUCAGAUGGGCUGUCCCGAGGAUGUCACGAGCCAUCCUCUGUAUAGCAGAUGGCUUUACCGCCGAGAAGUCGAAGAAAGUGUCGCCUGCGGGCGGGCACCUGAAAUGAAUAAUGUCCUAUUCGAGGACGAACAACCGCACAGGCCGCAGGAAUCUACAGGUCGUACGACGGAGAUCAAGUGUCGUAAAUGCCGACGCAAAUUGGCAACCACGCCGUUUGUUGUUCCUCAUGGACCCCAGAAACCGGGCGCUUCGCUCGCGAAUACCGAGUGUGCACAUGUUUUCCUUCAUCCAUUGACCUGGAUGCGUCCAAGUCUCUUUCCAGAAAGCGAGUCGGGUGAUUCGGGUGCACCGCUAGGUUCGCCGUCAGCAGACGCUCCGUUAUCUGGUCGUUUGACCUGUCCCAACACCUCUUGCGGCGCCAACAUUGGAAAAUUUGCCUGGCAGGGUAUGCGAUGUAGCUGCAGUGAAUGGGUGGUGCCCGCCAUCGGCCUGGCGAAAGCUCGAGUAGACAUCUCCGAGCAAGUGAAUACGAUCCGGGGCCCAGCCCAGGCAGCCUUUGGCAUUCGCCUGCCGCCUGGAAUGAGACCUAGUCCCACUGACGAGACCAAUGGGCGGGGCAACCUCUAA